AUGUCCACAAAGCCAGCACGUCACCCCCGGAGAGCCAGAGACUACAUCACGCCUCAUAAAUUGGUCAUGAGGAUCAAGGUUACAGGCACCACCUUCACCCAGUCGGCAGUUGGGUCUCGUCCUGGCAGUGAGGACCUCUUCGCCGCCGCCUCCUUCCUGAGGGUGGCCGACGACUUGGACACCACGGCCGCCGGCGGGAGGGAGAACGGCCUGACGGUGACUGACUGUGGCUUCAGGUGCUUCAACGCGGGUCGGAGCGCCUGCCGGGGAUUCGUGUGGCGGCCCAUCGUCGACGCCUCCUAUUACGACCUCUACAACAGCAGCAGGAACGCCACCUCCGACGACGACGCCGCCACGACCCACACCCUCUCGCCGCUAGUGGGGUCGUCUGGGACGGGUCGUUGUGGUCUCCUGAAGUGCGUGCCGCCCCCCUCGUCCCUCACGGCGGCGCCUGGCUCUCAGAUCUACCUCAUGACUGGCACCAACGCGUGGCUUAUGGCUCGAUUAUGGGGUCGUAACAAAACCAGUGGUCUUGGGAGUGAAAAUAGUGAAUUGUCUGGGUUACUAUCCUGUACUAGGAGAGGAUUUCUUAAGUAA